CAUCAUGAUAAAACUAUUUUGUGUUUACCUCUUAAUUUCAUUUUCUUCAACUUUUGAAUUCAUUUUUAAACCCGGACCGCUUGUUCCGGCUUCAAAGGGGGAAAUAUGGCCCAAACCACAACAAGAAGACAAAUUAGACGAAAGAUUUUUCUCUAUAUUACCAACAUUUUUUUAUUUUAAUUCAAUCGGAAAUAGAUGUAAUACGUUAACAGAAGCUUUAAACAGAUACAGAAAAUUAAUCAUAUUUAACAAUCGUCACAUAAAAGAAAUUUAUUACAAAGCACGUAGUUGCUACGAAGGCGGAGAUUCAAAUUUUUUGGGUUACUUGACAAGUAUAGAGGUUGAUUUAACUGGUGUGUGCAAUGAUGAGGAGUAUCCAUCAUUUGAGAUGAAGGAAGAAUAUGUGGUAAAUGUGACGUCAACAGUACAAAGAAUUUCCUCAGACACUAUAUGGGGAAUACUUCGAGGGCUAGAAACCUUCUCUCAAUUAAUAUACUUGUCAGAUGAUUACAGUUGUCACAGAAUUGAAACAACUGUAAUCCAUGAUUACCCCAGAUUUGCCCAUCGUGGCCUACUUUUAGACACUUCUCGUCACUACAUCCCAAAGAAGAGCAUUUUGAAAUUAAUUGAAACCAUGUCUUACAACAAAUUUAAUGUUUUCCAUUGGCAUAUCACUGAUGAUUACAGUUUCCCAUACGUUAGUAAAACUUUUCCGCAAAUGAGCGACAAGGGAGCAUUCCAUCCGACUCUUAUGACUUACGACCAAAAUUUUGUAAACGAGGUGCAAGAAUAUGCUCGGAAAAGAGGAAUUCGCGUUUUAGCAGAGUUUGACACACCUGGCCAUACUCUUUCUUGGGGUUUAGGAAAUCCAGACUUGCUCACAGCUUGCCAUAAUGUACCCCAACUAGAAUGGGGACCCAUCAAUCCUAUUAAAAACACCACUUACGAAUUUAUUUUUAAACUAUUUGAAGAAAUUAAAAGUACCUAUAAAGAUCAAUACACGCAUCUUGGCGGCGAUGAAGUUGAUUUCUCUUGUUGGAAAAGCAACCCUGAAAUCAAUCAAUGGAUGGCUGAAAAUGGCAUUGUAGGCGACUACAUCGCCCUCCAAAGCUACUACAUUCAAAAACUGAUCAACUACGUUGAUUCCCUAGGCUUAAACUCAAUCGUUUGGGAAGAAGUGUUCACCAACGGUGUCACAUUACCCAAAUCCACGGUAGUCAACGUCUGGAUUAGUGACGAUCCGAAAACAACGCUCAAACAAGUAACAGAAGCUGGUCAUCCGACGAUAAUCUCAUCUUAUUGGUAUUUAGAUAUUUUAAAAACCGGAGGUGACUGGUUAAAAUUUUACAACGCUGAUCCGCAAGACUUUGAUGGUACUGAAGAACAAAAAAAACUUGUGCUUGGAGGGGAAGCUUGCAUGUGGAGUGAAGUCGUCAAUGAGUAUAACUUAGAGUCACGGGUGUGGCCUAGAGCUAGUGUGGCUGCGGAAAGGUUUUGGUCGCCUCCAGAUGAUCCUAAAACUGAGCAAAAUAUGGCAGAACUUUGGCCUGUUGCUAGCAGGCUACAAGAGCAGACGUGUAGAAUGAACAGAAGGGGAGUUGAAGCUCAACCGCCGUCAGGACCAAGUGUCUGUUUUUAAGUUAAUGUUUUAGAACUGUUACUAUUUUUGAGUGUACAAAAUUUAUUUAAUUUCCAAAAUAAAGACUAAAU